AUGGCUAUUUCCCUUCAUGACACACUUGUCCUUGCCGUCUACAUCUUCGCCUUCCUGGCUGGCCUCCCUGCAAACCUCCUGGCCUUCUACACCUUCCUGGGGAAAGUGCGCAAGAAGCCAACUCCCAUCGACAUCCUCUUGUUCAACUUGACUGUGUCCGAUGUGAUCCUCCUGCUCUUCCUGCCCUUCAAGAUGGUGGAGGCAGCUUCGGGCAUGGCGUGGCCUCUCCCAGCCUUCCUCUGCCCUCUCACUGGCUUCUGCUAUUACAGCAGCAUCUACAUCAGCACCCUCUUCCUCACGGCGAUCAGCGUGGAGCGCUACCUGGGCGUCGCCUAUCCCAUCAAGUACAAAUUGAACCGCAGGCCAGCCUACGCGGUGGCGGCCAGCUUCUUCUUCUGGCUGCUUGCCUGUUCCCACUGCAGCAUUGUCUACAUUGUCCAGUACCGGAUGCCAGGCCUCAAUGAGACGAACCAGAUGAGCAAUUCAUCCAAUAACUCCAAUUGCUACGAAGAGUUCACCGACAAUCAACUCGAUGUUCUCCUCCCUGUCCGUCUGGAACUCUGCAUCACCCUCUUCUUGCUCCCUUUUCUCAUCUCCUUCUUUUGUUAUGUCAACUUAAUCCGCAUCCUGACCUCUGCUCCCAACUUCCAAGCCCACAGGAAGCAACGGGCUGUGGGCCUAGCAGUGGUCACUCUGCUCAAUUUUGCCAUCUGCUUUGCUCCUUACAACAUCUCCCAUAUUGUGGGCUUUAUUCAGAAUAAGAGCCCUUCCUGGAGAGUCUAUGCCCUUCUCCUCAGCACCCUCAAUGCCUCCUUAGACCCAGCAAUCUUCUACUUCUCCUCCACUGCCAUCCAGCAAACGCUGGGGGAGUGCUUCACUGGAGUGGGGAAAAAGCUCCAGGCUUUUAUGCCAUCAUGUUAUCAGUUUUGUUUGCCCUGCUAUGAGAUGGAGGGAGAUAAUAUUGUGGCUGAAAAGUCAUCCAACUCUAAAAUAGGGGAACUGCCUCUUGAAAGGAUUGAGACAGGGAGGUAG